AUGUAUUUUCCCAUUCCUUAUGCGGUUUAUAUGCUUGCGUAUAACUUCGCAGGAAAAAUGCUGCUUGUGGCCACCCAACGUCAGUUUUUCAAAAGUGGAGGAACAUUAUGUUUGGACACACGACGUGAGACUCUGCUAACUUUGAAGAAGAUGCUUGAAGAGCAUGGCGAUGAGAUUAAAGCGGCCAUCUACAGUGAUCUACGCAGAGAUGCUACAAGAGAACUGGCUUCUGCCAAAAGAGAAGUUGACGAAUUACUGGCUCAUUUGGAAGAGUGGAAUGCACCAAAAAAGGUAGAGACUCCAUCGGACUUUACUGGUGAAGAUGAUGUCUUUAGUAUACCGGAGCCACUUGGAGUAGUGCUUGUGAUUGCUCCAUGGAAUUUCCCGCUGAUCACCGCUAUGCCUUUUGCUUCAGCUCUGGCUGGGGGCAAGUUAGCCUAA